AAAGCCAAAGUCAGAAUGUGAGUGCCUGGCAGGAAAUCUUGGGGGUGACGAGUGCGGCGUUGAUCGGGCGUCGUCACGGCGGUCCUCGGCAAGCAGCGCGUCGAUACGUUACUGAAGCUCGAACUGCUGGAUAUUGCUGCUUUAUUCAACACUCUCCUUGAUCCCCGCUUGCCCUCCCCUCAUUUCCGCUGCAAGCAGGGUGACAUCUUUCGUCUGUUCAGUUGUCUACCUCGAAUUGCAGCCCAACACCACUCGAGCAUACCGCGACUUCCACAGCCAUCAUGUCGCUCCAUUCGACGCGCAAUGUCGACAUGGGCAAGCAAGAGUCGGAGUUGGCCAUCAACAUCCGCAAGGCCACAAGUAUUGAGGAGACCGCGCCCAAGCGGAAACACGUUCGCGCAUGCAUUGUCUACACAUACGACCACCGGAGCUCGCAGUCCUUCUGGGCCGGCAUGAAGGUUCAACCUAUCAUGGCCGAUGAGAUCCAGACCUUCAAGGCACUCAUCACUAUUCACAAGGUCCUGCAAGAAGGCCACCCUGUCGUACUCAAGGAGGCUCAGGCCCACGUUGGCUGGCUCGAGAGUCUGUCGCGUGGCGUCGCUGGUGGUGACGGCAUGAAGGGAUACGGCUCUUUGAUCUCCGAAUACGUCUACUACUUGAUCGCGAAGCUCAACUUCCACAGAAACCACCCCGAGUUUAACGGUACAUUCGAGUAUGAAGAAUACAUUAGUUUGAAGUCUAUCAACGACCCGAACGAGGGAUACGAGACCAUCUCCGACCUGAUGAACCUCCAGGACCAGAUUGAGACUUUCCAGAAGCUCGUUUUUGCUAACUUCAGAGGCGGGCUGAACAACGAGUGCAAGAUCUCUUGUUUGGUGCCUCUGGUUCAAGAGAGCUACGGUAUCUACAAAUUCAUCACCAGCAUGCUGCGCGCCAUGCACACCGCCCUCGGCGACGAUGAGGUUCUUGCACCCCUUCGCGGACGUUACGACGCCCAACAUUACCGCCUGGUCAAGUUUUACUACGAGUGCUCCAACUUGCGCUAUUUGACUAGUCUCAUAACUAUCCCUAAGCUCCCUCAAGAUCCUCCGAACCUCCUCGGCGAUGACGAGGACAGACCAGCUCUCCCGGCUAGACCAAAGAAUGAGCCUGUCACCAAACCCGCAGACACUCCUCCUCGCCAGCCCUCUGUCGACCCCGAACCGAUCAACGAAUUUUGGAAAAACGAGCAAGCGCGCCAACAAGAGGAGUAUGAGGCUGAGCAAAGAAGACUGCAGGCACAAUGGGAUGAGGCGCAAAGACAACAGCAGCAGGCUUCUCUACAGGCACAGAGAGAUUUCGAGGAACAACAAAGACUCCAGGCUGAGCAGCAAAGACUGGCUCAGGAGCAGUUGAUGCGUGACCAGUACUCGCAACAGACUCAAGGCAGGAUGGCAGAAUUGGAACGUGAGAAUCUCAAUGCACGCGCGCAAUACGAGCGCGACCAGCUCAUGCUUGAGCAAUACGACAGACGCAUGAAGGCUCUUGAGGGAGAGUUGCAGCAGCUGCAAGUGAACUUUGGUCAGCAGAACGCCUCCAAGGACGAACAGAUCCGCGCAUUGCAGGAGCAAAUCAACACCUGGAGGACCAAGUACGAAGCCUUGGCCAAGCUGUAUUCCCAGCUGCGUCACGAGCAUCUUGAGCUUCUCCAGAAGUUCAAGGGCGUACAGCUAAAGGCAGCCUCAGCACAGGAAGCCAUCGACAGAAGAGAGAAGCUGGAAAGAGAACUCAAGACCAAAAACCUGGAGCUUGCAGACAUGAUUCGCGAAAGAGAUCGUGCUAUUCACGACAAGGAUCGCUCAUCUGGAGGCCAUAAGGACGAGCUUGAGAAGCUUAGGCGUGAAUUGCGCUUUGCUCUUGACAAGGCAGAGAACGCAGAGAGAUCGAAGGGAUCAGAGCUUUCAUCUCUCCUUUCCAGGCAUAACAGAGAAAUCGCGGAUCUUGAGGAGGCUUUGCGCAACAAGACAAGGGCUUUGGACGAUGCCCAGAACAAGUACGGAGAGGCCGACUCUGACCUUGAGAGGCUUCUCCGCGAGAAGGAAGACGAACUUGAGAUCUUCAAGGCUGGUAUGGACCAGACACUCUUGGAGUUGAACGAGCUCCGUAACGGCCAGGGCGAGACGAACGAGGCUCUCGAUGAACAAAUCGACACUAUGCUUCUCGACAGUGUUCGCAAGAUCACUGACAUCAUUGACUCUGUCCUCCAGAGCGGAGUCCAGCGUGUUGAUGAUGCUCUGUACGAGCUGGACUCUACUAUGCAAGCCGGAAACCAAAGUGCCUCGGGAGCUUACGUCCUGUCCACUAUUGAAAAGGCUGCAUCAAGUGCGAUGGAGUUUUCGACUGCAUUCAACAACUUCAUCGCCGAUGGCCCCAACAGCACUCAUGCUGAAGUCAUUCGCACCGUUCACACCUUCUCGAACUCUGUUGCAGACGUGCUCUCAAACACCAAGGGUCUGACCAGAUUCGCUUCAGAUGAGAAGAAGGCCGACCAGCUCAUGAAUGCCGCACGCCAAUCUGCCCUUAGCACCGUCAGCUUCUUCCGUUCCAUUCAAAGCUACCGUCUCGACGGUCUGGAUGACCUGCAGAAGACCGAUGUCGUCAUCAACAAGAACAACGAGGUUCAGAUCAACCUGAACAGCUUGUCCAAAAUUGCUGAUGCAUUCGCCCCCAAGACUAAAAUCACAUCAGCAUCUGGCGAUCUCGGUGAUCUCGUCGACCGUGAGAUGGCUAACGCUGCUAAGGCCAUUGAGGCGGCUACUGACCGCCUCACUGCACUUAUGAACAAGUCCAGAGAUGGCUACUCAACUUACGAGCUAAAGAUUCACGAUGCUAUCCUCGGUGCUGCUAUCGCAGUUACCAAUGCUAUCGCCAACUUGAUCAAGGCUGCCACCGCAUCACAGCAAGAAAUUGUCAAGGAGGGUCGCGGCUCAUCCUUGUCUAAGAGUGCCUUUUACAAGAAGAAUAAUCGUUGGACAGAGGGUCUCAUCUCCGCUGCUAAGGCUGUUGCCAACAGCACUAACCUCCUGAUCGAGACAGCUGAUGGUGUCAUUGGAGGUCGCAACUCGCCCGAACAGCUGAUUGUUGCAUCCAACGACGUCUCUGCAUCCACCGCACAGCUCGUCGCUGCCAGCAGAGUGAAGGCAAGCUUCAUGAGCAAGACUCAAGAAAGAUUGGAGGAUGCUAGCAAGGCCGUCACAGGCGCAUGCCGCAGUCUCGUUAAGCAAGUCCAGGCUAUCAUUGAUGCUCGUGCCAACGGCGAGGAGGUGGUUGACUACUCCAAGCUGUCAAAGCACGAGUUCAACAGAUCGCACAUGGAAAAGCAAGUCGAGAUCCUUCAACUCGAGAAUGCACUGGGCAGAGCACGAAAAGAUUUGGGCGAGAUGCGCAAGCUCGCUUACCAGGAAGACGAGGAUUAGGCGUUUUGCAUACAGCCUUUCUUUACCGUCUUGUUUGUGAUACCAAAUUGCGUGCUCUAUUGUCAAUAAUUACAUAUGUUUUCUUGUUCAACUUUCUCCCAACCCCUCCUUAUUCGGCUCUCAGCCUUGGACUUGCUUUCUCGAAUCAGCUGUCGAGAUGCACGAUGGUUUUGAUACUCGGGUUUAUGUCCAUUGAGAGCUGCACUUAUACACGCUCUCUUUGGACCAUCAUGCUGAGAACAAAACCAUUGUGCCUUGCGACAGCCAGAAUUUAGGCCUUACUAGGAGGAAGGAAUACGGGCACGGUUUCCUCAGGGGCAAACUUGCAUCUGCACCAGGCUCUCAGCCUUCUCGGAACUCCCCGAUAAACUCACUAGAAAGAGGAUAUCUGAUUUGUAUUUAUCCGCUCAGAUAUCUUGUGGCUAGAUCUAGCACGCACAUGUGUAUUAUAUGCAUCUUGCU